GGAUUCAUACAUAAUUGAACUACUGUCCACUCCUCAUCAGGUUCAGAGCAACCUCUAGCAUGUCUCUCCUUUUCAGUCUUUUCCUCAUUCUCCUCCCUCUUAUUAGCUGCAAUAUCGUUUAUGGUGUCGGAAUAAACUAUGGGACGAUCGGAAGCAACCUCCCUUCACCAAAGAAAGUGGCUCAGCUACUUCAGUCCACAAUCUUUGACAAGGUUAAGAUCUACGAUACCAACCCUGAAAUCCUUGAAGCCUUCUCCAACACCGGCAUUGACCUCAUUGUUGCUGUUGAAAAUUCCCACGUCGCAAACUUAAGCGCCACACAAUCCGCUGCGGAUAAGUGGUUCACCACUCGUAUAUUGCCUUUCAUUCCUUCCACUUCUGUCGUUGCAAUUGCCGUAGGAAAUGAGUAUUUAAAUGCGGAUGGCGAUGAUCAUCAAUUGUUAGACCAUAAUGCGUUACUCCAAGCAAUGCAAAAUCUGCAUUCGGUUCUACUAUCACGCGGAUUAGACCGCAAAAUUAAAGUGUCCACCCCACAUAGCAUGGCUGUACUUGCUUCUUCGUUUCCACCUUCGUCGUCUACAUUUGCCACUACACUCCUUCCUAUUAUGACUUCCAUUGUCGCGCUUUUAGCUGAUACAAAUGCCCCCUUCAUGAUUAAUGCAUAUCCAUAUUUUGCUUACCGGGACAAUCCCUCUAUGGUCAAUUUAGAAUAUGCGUUACUAGGAAACGCAACCGGGGUACGUGACCCUAAAGGUUACGUAUACAAUAACAUGCUAGAUGCACAAAUUGAUGCGAUUCGAUCAGCAAUCAAUGCAUUGGGUUUUGGAAAUCGGACGAUUGAGAUUGUCGUGUCAGAAUCAGGAUGGCCAUCGAAGGGAGAUGCAGCCGCAACCACUGAAAAUGCUAGAACUUAUAAUACCCGAUUAAUUGAACGUGCUCAGUCGAAUAAAGGUACCCCGAUGAGCCCAAAAGAUCGCAUUGAUGUUUUUGUGUUUGCGUUAUUCAACGAAAACAAGAAACAAGGAGCAAAUAGCGAGAGAAACUUUGGGAUUUUCAAUGGGGAUGGAUCAAAGGUUUAUGAUGUGGAUUUGAGUUGUCAAUUCUGCAGUAAUGAAAAAUUUGGAGAGAAAAUAGUAUCGUCCUUAAGUCGUGGACCUUCAGUUUGGUGUGUGGCUAAGCCACAUGCAGAUGACAAGGUAAUACAGGCGGUGCUGGAUUUCUGUUGUGGAUCUGGGGGCGUGGACUGUAGAGAGAUAUAUGAAAAUGGGGACUGCUUUCAACCUGAUAAAGUUUAUGCCCAUGCAUCCUAUGCCAUGAACGCUUAUUAUCAGAUGCAUGGAAGGAAUUAUUGGAACUGUGACUUCAAAGGCACUGGUCUUGUUACCUUCAGUGAUCCAAGUUAUGGAAAAUGCUUCUAUUCGCAUCAGUGACAUGGAAUCAGAAAGGGAAGGGGUGUGAGAUCAAAGCCUUUAAUUUACUACUCUUGAACUAAUAUAUCAACGUUAAUUAUGUAAUUCCCCUGCCAUUAUGAAUUAGAGUUUUACUCUUUUGAGUAGAAAUUAAACCCCAUCAUAAUAUAAUUUACAAUUUCACUGCA